AUGGUGAAGGCCGACAUCAAACGCAACUACUAUGCGGACUUGGAACUGCCUAGUGAUGCCUCAGUCGAAGACAUCAAGAAGGCAUACCGCAAGCUUGCGCUGAAGUACCAUCCCGAUCGCAACCCUGGCAAAGAAUCCGAAAUCGUACCCAAAUUCCAGGCUAUCCAAGCCGCGCACGAGAUCCUCCACGAUCCAGUCUCUAAGACUCGCUACGAUGCAGACCGCAGGAAGGCGGGACUAGGAGGUGGUGCCUUCACUAAGCCAAACACCACAUCCAACUUCCCUCCGCCGCCGAGACGUACGCCAAACCCGACUGCCUCAUGGCGUAGCACUACAUCAGGAGCCUCGGGAGCCGACCGCUUCACAAACUUCCCCAAACCAGCUCCUACAAGCAAGAAGAACCCGACAGAUUCUGCGAAUGUCUUCAACGCAUGGCAGAACAUGAAGUCGCAGGCGUCUGGUGCCGCGCCGCAACCACCGCCACGAACAUCUCCCAAACGACCAGUGCCCAAUCCACCACCUAGGAGGGAUACCCGCUUUCCCACCGAGGAGGACAUUCGUGCUGGUAUGAACUACCGCGAGGCUCCGCCGAGACCUGCCACUGGGACUGGCUAUGGUGGAUUCCGCUCAGCUUGGGCCGAAUACAACAGUGCUGGUGGAAGCAAAGCAGGUGCUUCAGCUUCUUCUAGCACACCGAGGAAGGGUGGACAGGCAGGAAGUACAGCCAACUACUCAUCAUCUAGGAGAAAAUCCGCAGAUCCGCCUUACUAUCCACCUCCACCGCCGCGCUCUGCGUCUCAGAAGAACUAUUCAGACGGUCCCUCUGAGGAAGCUCGUCGCACAGCCAGCACGCCUCAUGUACCCAUGGCUUCAGAAGGAGCGUCAACUUUCCGUCGGUCAACACGCAAGGCGGGUACCGGUACUGCACGAAAGCCUUUUGUCGUCUACAGCUCAAGCGAUGAUUCUGAGACUGAAGACGACUCCGCUUCCACGACUCCUGACACUGCACAGAAGAACCCUGAAUCAACGACGACCGGUCAGCCCGCUGACCCAUUCACACGCUCGUUCACACGUCCUAAGAAGACACCCAAUCCACCCAGCCGACAAUUCAAGAAUGGUGUACCCUACAAGGCUCCAGGCGAGAGCGGUACAAGCAGCAAUUCUGGUCCAGACGCAGCAACAAAUGCUGGCGAAAAGGACAAACCAACAAUGUAUGCCAACCAUUUCUCUACCCCUCCUUCCAAAAAGCAAGAAAAGAUGCCCUCUCCUGUCUAUCCGUUUGGGAGAAUCUACCAACACAACAAAAGCCCCGACUCAAUUCCUCGAUGGGCUGUCCCGUCCUCUGUUCCUCCGGUCAAACGGAGCCAUUCGGCUGCUCAACGCGCCUGGAUAGAUCUGACGGACAAUGGACCGUCUGAUCAUGUGAGAAAGAGUCAACCAACUUUCCAUGAAAGACCGUUGGACGUGUCGAAAUCUGAUGAUCCCAUCGACCUCACCACCGAUGAUACCCCUGAGCCACAAUCACCAUAUAAGAAGACUUGCUUCACAAAAGACGAUGCUACUGACCUGUAUCGUCUUGACAAUCGUUCAUUACAUCAGUCGGAUGCUGACUUUUUCUGCAACAGAUUCACGAUACCUAUCAACGCCGACACCUUCAGGCCGAACAUGGCUAAAAGUCGCAGUGAAGACAGUAUCAAUACAUCCUUUGUGCCUGAGCAGUGGGCCGGUGACUUUACCAGUAACAACGUUUUCGCUGCCGCCCAAGCCACGACUGGUCGCAAGUCUGCCACACCUUCACGGAAAUCCUCGAGAGCCUUCCGCCAACAGUCAAGGGCCAACACUUUCCAUGAGACAUCUACACAGUCAAUCUACACUGAAUCUGCACCUGCGCAAGAUACAACUGUUCCAUCGCCUCCCCCACCACCUGCAAAGUACUCUCCCGAAGAAUGGGCUAAGCACUUCCAGGAUGCAUCAUGGGCUUUUGAUCCUAACAGUCUGCGCACCGCGUCACCUGGUAAGCCAGAGUCGAAGACGACUUCUAGAAGCAAUUCGGCUGCGGUGAGAAAGGGUUCGAGAGUUGCCAACAAGAUUCCCGUCAACACACCAAAGCCCGCCACGGUAGCAGAUGAGGCGGAAGAGAAUGCUCCUCGGACUCAGUCGCCAGAUGAGAUGGAUGUCGAUGAUGCUCCACCAGCCAACGAAACUGCUGCACCCCAACCUUCCACCACACAAGAGCCUCGUAUCUAUCCAGUCGACACCACUCAACUCCGUCAAGAUGACACCAAGGCAAACAAACGCGAGAGCGAGGGUUUCAACGUCAAACUCGACGACCUCAGCGCCGCCGUCGACCCCCAACCCUCACAAGGCCUCGACGGUCUAGCAGAUAUCAGCAGCACCCUCCCUUUUACCUCCAAAGCUUCCACCAGCAUCCCCACCUUCACACCCCAAAACCUCGUGCUUCCACCUCUGCCGCGUGCCCCCUCCACACCCACAAAACUCACCCGCGCAUCUUGGUCCACCUACUGCACCACCUUCUCCAUCUACCUCGACAAAUUCCACAAGUACAAUUCUGUCGUCGUAACCCAUUUUGCCAAACGUCAAGACCUUGCUGCUAAAGUCGUCAGGGCGGGUAUUAGAGCACUAGAAGCUGUGGGUGAGGCGUCUACUGGCGAAGGCUUUAUGAGUUAUGCACAAGCUGUCAAGGAAGAUGAGCGCGUGAGAGAGUAUUGGAAUGUCGGGUGUGAGAAACAUGCAGAAGCGGUCAGGGAGUUUGAAGCUGUAAGGGAGAGGGUUAGGGUAUUGAGUGAAGGCGCUGGGCUACCUGAUAACUGA